GCCCCGGAAGCCCUCCUCCGAUUCGAUUUACCGGGGGUUUUUCAUCUACGAAGCGUAGGUUGGAGUUUUCGGUUUUCUGAUACGGUCACGAAAGCUGCUGCAGGAGAAGAAGGUAGGUCACGUAGUAAACAAUUUAUAAAUGUGGAGGAGGUCCGCUUCUUUCAUUCUCGAAAAGCAACAACUUAAAUCACAGCCACAAGGUCCACAACCACCGGGGGACUCAAAACCUCAAAUCCUUCUCUCCGCUUCCGACGAACGAACCACCGACACCAUGCCCGAAAUCCUUCAAAACCCUAACCCCUCCAUGUCUGCUUACUACCAGACCCGAGCGGCUCACCAUGCAGUGGUCACCAGCGACUGGCUCGCACAAGCUCAGGCCGCUGUGGGACGCAACCCAGGCGAUGCUCCCCCGGACGAGAAUUCUACCAGUUCCAUCAAUAUCUCUACAGGCAAGCCUUUCAGCGUGAUCGAUGAGUUCAACCGGUGGAGGCAGCAGCCUGAUCUCGCGGAAGCUGUCGCUGCUAUUUUGGCCUUGGCUUCCGUCAUUCGUUCCAGUCAGGCUACCACCAUGAUGGAGCUCGAGAUCGAACUGAAGAAGGCCUCCGAUUCUCUUAAAUCAUGGGAUGCAACCUCUAUCUCUUUGACGGCUGGAUGUGAUCUAUUCAUGCGAUAUGUUACCAGAACUUCAGCUUUAGAAUAUGAGGAAUUCAAUGCUGCAAAAUCUCGGUUAAUUGAACGUGGCGAGAAGUUUGGAGAGAUAUCUCGUAAGGCACGCAGGACCAUUGCAAUGCUCAGUCAAGAUUUUAUCUUCGAUGGUUGCACCAUUUUGGUGCAUGGUUUCUCAAGGGUUGUGUUGGAAGUUUUGAAGACAGCAGCUCAAAAUAAGAAACUCUUCCGAGUUCUUUGCACAGAGGGAAGGCCGGACAGGACAGGCCUACGGUUCUCUAAUGAGCUUGUGAAACUUGAUGUUCCUGUAAAGCUUCUGAUCGACUCCGCGGUGGCAUAUAUAAUGGAUGAGGUUGACAUGGUAUUUGUUGGGGCAGAUGGGGUGGUGGAAAGUGGAGGUAUAAUCAACAUGGUGGGAACAUAUCAGAUUGCAUUGGUGGCUCAUAGCAUGAACAAACCUGUUUAUGUGGCGGCUGAGAGUUACAAGUUUGCACGUCUAUAUCCAUUGGACCAGAAAGACAUGGAACCUGCCCUACGUCCCAUUGAUUUUGGUGUCCCUAUUCCAUCUGGUGUUGAGGUUGAAACAUCUGCAAGGGAUUAUACUCCUCCUCAGUAUCUCACUCUUCUCUUUACAGAUCUAGGCGUUUUAACACCCUCUGUUGUCAGUGAUGAGCUUAUUCAGCUAUACUUGUAGCCAUGGUUGAAAUUAAACUCUUGCAGCUGCUGCUGCUUACCAAGCUUG